AUGGACGAGCGCGGCAUCCUCGAUGACGCUGAUGCGGGUUUAUUAGCCGGGGCUGCUGCGCGGCCCUGGUUGGUGUCCUCAUGGCUGGCGUUGCCCUCGUCCCAUAUACCAAGAGCAAACACAAGGAUAUCUGUUCUUGGAAUACGGAUUCGUCGCUCAACGCUGCGUCGGCUUGUCAAGAUGGCUGUUCUACUUCUUGUUCUGGCACUCUUCUCGCUGGCUUGCUCGACACGAGCGACACCAUAUCGCUUCGGGGUCAUCAAUGAUACAAAUGCUUUUCGUGGAGAGUCACCAUAUCCUGCGUCUUCGAGUAUAGCUGUUCCUCCUUCAUCGUCGCCCACUACGUUGCAAUCAGCUCCAACAGCCUUGAAAACAGCAACAACUGGCGCAGGGGCAGCAGCAGUCUACGCAAAAGCCCACGGCACAGACCUGCACAUCCACGACCCAAGCAUAAUAUAUGAUGCCUCAACAGCCUCAUUCUACAGCUACAGCGUCGGACCACGAAUGCUGAUCCACCAAUCGCCUACACUCGAUGGCCCCUGGACCGAACUCGGCAGCCUCCUGCCUGCCGACAGCAUAAUCCCCAAGGGCGACCGCAAAGCCCCCUGGGCGCCGUCAACGAUUCAAAUCAACGGCCGCUUCUACUGCUAUUACGCUGUUAGCAACGCCGGCUGCCGCGACAGCGCAGUCGGCGUCGCCUCCUCGGACUCGCCCGGUCCAGGCGCCUGGACAGACCACGGACUCCUCAUCCAGUCUGGGACAGGGGCAGGCGCGGACCAAUUUCCGCUCAACCAGUCUAAUACGAUUGAUCCGAGUAUCUUUGUCGAUACCGACGGGAGCGUGUAUUUGACCUUUGGGAGUUUCUGGACGGGCAUCUGGGAGGUUAAGCUGGGUAGUGACUUGAUUUCUGUCGCGGAGGAUAUGGAUGCGAGGCAUCUUGCUGCCGAGCCCGGGGCGAUUUUCCCAGCGAGGAAGAAUGCAAAUAGUAUCUGUGGUGAUCCGACGGGAGGGCACCCAAUUGAGGGGAGCUUUCUCUCGUAUCAUGGUGGGUGGUAUUAUCUCUGGUUCAGUUGGGGGCGGUGCUGUGAGUUUAAGGAUGAGAGGAUGAGGACGAACGGGAAAGAGUAUCGCAUCAAGGUUGGCCGAUCCACAAGUGCCCAGGGGCCGUUCGUCGAUAAGCAAGGCAAGGACCUUAUCGACGGUGGUGGAGAGACAGUGUACGCUUCGAAUGGCGACGUAUUUGCACCAGGUGGCCAGGGCAUCUUGUCGGACGGACUCGGUGAUAUCCUCUACUAUCAUUACUUAAACACAUCCAUCAGCUACGACUUCUGGGAAGCUAGACUUGGAUAUAACAGGCUGGAAUACGAGGAUGGGUGGCCUGUUGCUGUCUAG